GAAUACGGGUGGGUUUGUCGGAGGCUGGUUUGUUUGCUGUUUUGUUUGUAGUGUGACUCACUGGGCCGGUGGUUCGCGACCCAGCAGCUUCCUGUAGCGACUCUGAGAUUUACAGAUCGGAUUAAAGUGACUUUACACGCACAGACCGGACUGGCUGCAAUGCACAACAGGUGGUGGUAUGCACAUGCAUUUAAGCGGCCAUCGAACAGGUACCAGGCGCCACUGUGCGUUAUGCUGAGAAAGAAAACAGCACUAUGAACCGAUACACUGCCAUCCGGCAGCUUGGCGACGGCACUUAUGGCUCAGUCACAUUGAGCCGCUGCCUGGAAUCUGGAGAGCUCGUCGCCAUCAAGAAAAUGAAAAGGAAGUUCUAUUCCUGGGAGGAGUGCAUGAAUCUCCGGGAGGUUAAGUCCUUGAAGAAACUGAACCAUGCCAACGUGAUCAAGCUAAAGGAGGUCAUUCGGGAAAAUGAUCAACUCUACUUUGUGUUUGAGUAUAUGAAGGAGAACCUUUAUCAGCUAAUGAAAGAAAGAACACGCAUGUUUCCUGAGUCUGCAGUGAGGAAUAUCAUGUUUCAGAUUCUCCAGGGACUUGCCUUCAUUCACAAACACGGCUUUUUUCAUAGAGACAUGAAGCCAGAGAAUCUUUUGUGCAUGGGUCCUGAGCUCGUAAAAAUUGCUGACUUUGGACUAGCGCGAGAGAUCCGAUCUUGUCCUCCUUACACUGAAUACGUGUCGACAAGAUGGUACCGAGCUCCAGAAGUUCUUCUCAAGUCCCAAAGCUACAGCUCUCCUAUAGACCAGUGGGCUGUAGGCUGUAUCAUGGCUGAACUCUACAUGCUCAGACCUCUCUUUCCUGGCUCCAGUGAGGUGGACACUAUUUUCAAGAUCUGCCAGGUUUUGGGAACUCCAAAAAAGAACGACUGGCCUGAAGGAUACCAGCUGGCUGCCUCCAUGAAUUUCCGCUGGCCGCAGUGCGUGCCCACCAGCCUAUCCACUCUGAUCCCCAACGCCAGCUCCGAAGCCAUUCAGCUGAUGAGAGACCUGUUGCAUUGGGACCCUAACAAACGGCCAGCAGCCUGCCAGGUCUUGCGCUAUUCCUACUUUCAUGUUGGCCAGGUCCUUGGGACACCACAGCAGAUUCAGGACCAAGGACAAACGCAGCCUCCACAACUCAGGCCUGAGCUUCCUCCUCAGAUCCCACCCUUUACUUUACCUGAUAAUACCCAUAAACCACAACACAGUCCACAGCCACCUAAAAGGCCAGGAAGGGCAGAGGUGAAGAUGGACAAAACAGUGAAAAGCCGCUUCCCUCUAAUACAUGACAAAGGCUUGCAGAGCAAGCUAACUCCAGAACCCGAGAAUGCAAAUUUGUUGAGCAGUUCAUCGAAGCCUAAAGCAGGCCGGAGGAGGUGGGGUUAUGUGACUGGGGUCUUAAAGGGAGAAGAUUGGGAUGAUUAUGAGGACGCAGAAACUACAACCACCACUCUGAACAAACCCAUUUUCAUCAGCAAUGAAAAACGGGUACAGGGAGAAGGCAGCAUGAACAGGCUGGGAAACAUUUUGGAUUUCAGUCUGUCCAAUGUCAGGAAUGACGGAGUCACAAAUAAAAAUAACAUGCUGCCCUUCCAGGAUCCAUCCAGAACAGCAUCAGCCAAACAACAUUACUUGAAACAAUCAAGAUAUUUACCAGGGUUAAGCACAAAGAAGAAUGUAGUAGUUCAUGCAGUAAAGGACUACAGUGGAAAUGUAUGGGAAGGCAGUAGCGUUCCUGUCGGAGGGGCACUUCCCAUCAGGGGCAACCAUGGUACACGUACAGGUGGAUAUGUGCCUGCGGUUUAUAAGAAAGAGGUUGGUUCAGCUGGCCAAAGAGUGCAUCUCGCAGCUGUUGAUUCAACACUGUCAAAUUAUGCAACAUGGAAAUCAAGCAGGGCAAACAGUCACGUGGGCACAUCGUCCUACGUGCCAUCUCCCACCAAGAGCACACCUGGCAUGAGAUCUCGGCCUCCUCUUCAGCCCGUUCACGGCCGCACAGACUGGUCUGCCAAAUACGGCCAUCGCUAGGCCAAUCUCAACCCAAAGGCUGCUUUCUCUACCCUGUGAUUUUAAAUAUAUACCUUCUUAUACAGCAAUAAACUUUUACAUUCCUCAGUAAAUUGUUUGUGUAAAGUUUUGAUAUUGAGUUUGCAAAAUAUGCACAAGAAUCUCAGUAGUGGGGUCAGUGUAUCUGUUGCAAAUUUCUCUUCUCCUGCAUAAUCUCUGCAAAAAGUGUAUGCAUUAACAUGAGCACAUUUGGUGAUAUUAAAGGAGUCUAUUUUAAAUUUUUGGAUUUAUUUGUAGCUGUGUCCUUUGUCAGUUUUUGCUCCUCAAAUUAUUUCUUUCCUAUAAAACACUGUUAGUUUUUGCUUUAAAAAAAAUUGUCUUUGCUCUGUAAAAUGUUAUGUACUGUAUGUAUGGUAGUGUUAAGUGUUAUUUAAUUGACUACUGACAUGUUUGUUA